AUGGCGCACGCCGCCGCCCACAUUAAGAAGGCCAGGUCUGAGAUGGAUCCACCUGCAGACCUGAAGGCUUUGGAGAAAGCUAAGGAAAGGAGGCGGCGCUCCCGAGAGCAGGCAGAACGAAAGCGCAAGUCUGACAGCAACACCAGUUUCCUGCGGGCAGCCAGAGCGGGGAACCUUGACAAGGUGUUGGAGUAUCUGAAAGGGGGAGUGGACAUCAACACCAGCAAUCAGAAUGGUCUAAAUGCGCUUCACCUGGCAGCUAAGGAGGGUCACGUCGAGCUGGUUGAGGAGCUGCUGGAGAGGGGGGUUGCACUGAACUCUGCAACAAAGAAAGGAAACACGGCCCUGCACAUCUCCUCUCUUGCCGGUCAGGCUGAAGUAGUGAAGAUUCUGGUCAAGCAAGGCGCUGACAUCAACACGCAGUCUCAGAAUGGAUUCACUCCGCUCUACAUGGCCGCCCAGGAGAAUCACCUGGAUGUCGUGCGAUACCUCUUGGAGAACGGAGGCAACCAGAGCACCGCCACGGAGGAUGGCUUCACGCCUCUGGCCAUCGCCCUUCAGCAGGGCCACAAUCAAGUGGUUUCCAUCUUAUUGGAGAACGAUACUAAAGGGAAGGUCCGGUUGCCCGCCUUACAUAUCGCGGCCCGAAAAGACGAUACCAAAUCGGCCGCCUUGCUUCUCCAGAACGACCACAAUGCUGACGUGCAGUCCAAGAUGAUGGUCAAUAGAACUACUGAGAACGGCAAGAGUGGAUUCACUCCACUGCAUAUCGCGGCCCAUUAUGGAAACGCCAAUGUGGCUACACUCCUACUGAACCGAGGGGCUGCGGUGGACUUCCUUGCCAGGAAUGGCAUUACUCCCCUCCACGUGGCAUCCAAGCGAGGGAACACAAACAUGGUUUGCCUGCUACUGGAUCGUGGCUCUCAAAUAGAUGCUAAAACAAGGGAUGGCCUUACUCCACUCCAUUGUGCUGCGCGGAGUGGACAUGACACAGCCGUCGAGCUCCUGCUGGAGAAAGGAGCGCCUCUGCUCGCCAGGACUAAGAAUGGCCUAUCUCCCCUUCACAUGGCAGCACAAGGCGACCACGUCGAAUGCGUCAAACACCUUCUUCAGCACAAGGCGCCCAUCGGUGACGUCACUUUGGACUACCUGACAGCUUUACACGUGGCCGCCCAUUGUGGCCAUUAUAGAGUCACCAAGCUUCUUUUGGACAAGAGGGCCAACCCGAAUGCUCGCGCUUUGAAUGGCUUUACUCCAUUACACAUAGCCUGUAAGAAGAACCGAGUGAAAGUCAUGGAGUUGCUGGUGAAAUAUGGAGCUUCCAUCCAAGCCAUUACAGAGUCCGGUUUGACGCCCAUCCACGUCGCAGCCUUUAUGGGUCACCUCAACAUCGUCCUGUUGCUGCUGCAAAACGGAGCUUCUCCAGACAGGAGUAACAUUCGUGGCGAAACAUCACUACACAUGGCGGCCAGGGCUGGUCAGGUGGAGGUGGUUCGGUGUCUGCUGAGGAACGGCGCGAUGGUAGACGCAAGGGCUCGAGAAGAGCAGACGCCCCUCCACAUCGCCGCCCGUUUAGGAAAAACGGAGAUUGUCCAGCUGCUGCUGCAACACAUGGCCCACCCAGAUGCGGCCACCGCCAACGGCUACACUCCUCUUCACAUCGCUGCCAAGGAGGGCCAGGUGGAGACCGCCUCGGUUCUGUUGGAGGCGGGAGCUUCUCACUCGCUUUCAACAAAGAAAGGAUUUACUCCCCUUCAUGUUGCCUCAAAAUAUGGAAGCCUAGACGUGGCCAAACUUCUGCUACAGCGUUGCGCACCAUGUGAUUCUGCAGGGAAGAAUGGCCUUACCCCGCUCCAUGUCGCAGCACAUUAUGAUAACCAGAAGGUGGCUCUUCUACUUUUGGAUAAAGGUGCAUCCCCUCACAUGAUUGCUAAGAAUGGUUACACCCCUCUGCACAUUGUGGCCAAGAAGAACCAAAUGGACAUUGCUAAAGUGCUACUGAGCUACGGGGCCGAGACCAACGUCCUGACCAAACAAGGUGUCACGCCUCUCCAUUUGGCCUCAGAGGAAGGACACGCCGAUAUGGCUGCGCUGCUCCUGAGUAAGGGAGCUCACGUCAAUACCCCGACUAAGUGUGGCCUUACCGCCAUUCAUUUGGCAGCACAAGAUGAUAAGGUCGCUGUUGCGGAGAUCCUGGCUAGGAACGGAGCCAACCUUAAUCACCAGACCAAACUGGGCUACACUCCUCUAAUUGUUGCAUGCCACUAUGGAAACACAAAGAUGGUUAACUUCCUUCUUCAAAAUGGAGCCAGUGUGACCGCAAAUACAAAGAAUGGAUACAGCCCUCUUCACCAGGCGGCCCAACAGGGGAACACACACAUCAUCAACAUACUGCUGCAGUACGGGGCCAAGCCAAAUGCUGUCACUGUUAACGGGAACACCGCUCUGGGUAUUGCUCGACGGCUGGGUUACAUCUCCGUCGUGGACACGCUGAAGGUCGUCACAGAGGAAAUCAUCACCACCACCACGACGGUGACAGAGAAACACAAGAUGAAUGUGCCAGAAACCAUGACUGAAGUACUGGAUGUCUCAGAUGAAGAAGGUCAGUUGCCAGAAAAAUCUGUGAUUUCCUGCAGUUUCUCAUGAUGACCUAACUCCCACUUUGAAGGCGAUGACACCAUAACGGGAGACGGAGGGGAGUAUUUAAGAGCUGAGGACCUCAGAGAGCUCGGAGAUGAUUCGCUGCCUGGACAGUAUCUAGAUAACAUGAACUACCUCUGCUUCGCUAACGAUGGGGCGCACGCCGGCAGCUCAGACAGGUCUUUCACUCCCACGCGCCAAAGCUACUACUAUAAACCUGAAAACAUGAUGGAUGAAAUGCUCAGCUGUCAGACCUCAUCGCUUUUAAGAGAAAACGAGAGGGACUCGUACCGGUUGAGUUGGGGCACGGAGAAUCUGGACAACAUAGCUCUAUCCUCAACUCCACUCCACUCUGGCCGUUCCUCACCAUGCCGUGAUCAUACGGACCACAGCAGCUUCCUGGUUAGCUUCAUGGUAGAUGCAAGGGGCGGAUCCAUGCGAGGCUGCCGCCAUAAUGGCCUGCGUAUCAUCAUCCCACCUGGGAAGUGCAGCGCUCCCACACGUGUAACCUGCAGGCUGGUAAAAAGGCACCGCCUGGCCAGCAUGCCCCCCAUUGUUGAGGGCGAGGGUCGAGCCAGCAGGUUUAUUGAGGUGGCACCAUUUGGAGGACAGCUUCUCGGUAAGCUCCACCUCCCCAGUGCGCCACCACCUCUCAAUGAGGGGGAGAGUUUGGUGAGCAGAAUCCUCCAGCUCGGCCCACCGGGGACAAAUUUCCUGGGUCCUGUAAUCGUGGAGGUUCCCCACUUUGCUUCUCUCCGUGGGGGGGAGCGGGAGCUGGUCAUAUUGAGGAGUGAGACAGGAGAGAAUUGGAAGGAACAUCAGUGUGAGCAUACCCAAGAAGAACUCAACCAGAUUCUCAACAGCACAGAAGAAGAGCUGGACUCCCAGGAGGAGCUCCAGAAGAAGCGCAUUUGCCGCAUCAUCACAAGAGAUCUCCCACAAUAUUUUGCGGUGGUGUCCCGAAUUAGGCAAGACAAUAUUCUGAUCGGUCCAGAAGGAGGCGUCCUUAGCAGCACAGUGGUGCCCCAAGUGCAAGCAGUUUUUCCUGAAGGGGCCCUAACUAAGAGGAUCAGGGUUGGCCUGCAGGCCCAGCCGGUGAGUUUGGAUAUUGUCAGGAGGGUUCUUGGAAACAAGUCCAGCUUCAGCCCCAUUGUAACUCUAGAGCCACGUCGAAGGAAGUUCCAUAAACCUAUAACCAUGACAAUCCCGGUCCCGAAAGGCAACUCUGAUGCAGUCCUUCACAGUUUAGGACGGGACACCCCGACGUUGCGCCUACUCUGCAGUAUCACCGGUGGAACGACACCGGCCCAAUGGGAGGACAUAACAGGAACCACUCCCUUAACAUUCGGCACUGACCAUGUGUCCUUCACUACAAAUGUUUCUGCAAGGUUUUGGCUAAUAGAUUGCCGGCAAGUCCAGGAAUCGGUCAACUUCUCCUCGCAAGUGUACCGAGAGAUCAUUUGUGUGCCUUAUAUGGCCAAGUUUGUCAUCUUUGCCAAAACCCACGACCCCAUCGAAGGGCACCUGCGCUGCUUCUGCAUGACCGACGACAAGAUUGACAAAACAUUGGAGCAGCAGGAGAAUUUUACAGAGGUGGCCCGCAGUCGAGAUGUAGAGGUAUUAGAAGGAAAACACAUUUACGCAGAUUGCUGUGGAAACUUUGUCCCACUCACCAAAAGUGGCCAGCAUCAUCUGUUCAGCUUUUUUGCCUUCAAGGAGAACCGACUUACACUUUUCAUCAAAAUCAGAGAUAACACCCAGGAGCUGUGCGGUCGCUUGUGCUUUCUGAAGGAACCCCGGAGUUACAGGUCACUUCCCUACAACGCCAUAUGCAACCUCAACAUCACUCUACCCUCAUACUGCAAGGAGUCCGAUUCAGAUCAGGAUGAAGAGGUAAAGACAGCUGUCAACACCGUACAAGAGAAAUAUGACGACAUGACGAGGUCAGAGCUAAUUCGGGAACCGGACCUGCUAUCGGACGUUUCGGAGAUGAAACAAGACUUGAUUAAAAUGACGGCCAUUUUGGCAGCCGAUCCUUCGAAGAAAUCCCCUUCUUUGGAAGGGUCUCGUCCGGAAAAAGGAGCGCACGAUGUUUCCACGGUGCCGUUAGAAAUCAUGGAGAAGGACCUUGAGAAAGUUAAAGAAGACCUUAAGAAAGUUAGUAAAAUUCUAAGGAGCGGUACAUGUGUUGAGGCAGUGAAAACAAAGAUGGAGGCUGAGGAGUGGGUCCUUCUCUCUCACAGUGAGAUAGAGGAGGCCCAAAGAGAGGCAGGCUUGAAACCUCCAGAGCUGCUCACACCUUCAAGAUCAAAAGACACGAAAGACGGCAGUGUCCCCAAAGAACACCUAAUUGAUGCACAAAAAGGAAAACCAAUCACUUCGACCACAGUACAAACGCCUCUUGGAAGUGAUCAGCAACAACUCAACAACAACUCCCCCAUCUCUGAGACGUCACAAUCUGUGUCCCCUCUGGUUGAAGAGACUCCCAUUGGCUCAAUAAAAGACAAAGUCAAAGCCUUACAAAAGAAAGUAGAGGCUGAGCAAACGCGACGAGAAAGCAAGCCUUUACAUUUGCCCGUUGGCGCCAAACAGACUCCUAAGGUCAAAGAAACCCCCGCCCAUAGAAAAACGGCCAAAGUUGGAUCAGAAAAGCAUGAAGAAAGCGUCUCAGUUAAAGAGUUGAUGCAAGUGUUUCAAAAGGAGUCAUCGCAGAAAGAGUCAGGGUUGUAUAAGACCAAAAUACCAACAGCGUCAAGAUUGGAAGAUACCACAAUGUCAGAUAAACCUGUACAGAAAGAACGAGAAGUGUCUCUUGAUUCUAAGAUUUGUUCAAUCGGCAAGAAAAGCGCAACAGACACGAAGCUAACCAAAUCAAGAGACUUUGAAAAAGUCGAGCAUGGAGAGGAAGGUACUCCUGCAGACUCGACGAGUGGCAGUUCUGGAACUCCUCAUCAAAGUUCUGAGGAGAGUUACAAACAUGAGGGUCUGGCAACUCCUGGUACAAGCCCUGAAAGCCUGUGUCUUUCACCCAAAAAUGAACAAGAACAAACACGGGACGUAGUGGCUAAAACAACUUUGGUGGUCACAAAAGGAAGUAAAGGCACAGAAAAGACUGGAAUACCCAGUGAAAGUCAAAGACUAGGCUCUGCUGACCUACUGUCCACUGAAUUGACCUCCGGUGUCUCUUUCAGCGACUGCGCACCAAGUGAGUCCACAUCUGAUGCAAGAAGCAAGCCUCAGUGUAAUAAAUCUGAUGCCGCUCAAAAGACCAUUUCAAAUACUGUUGAACAACUUAGCCCUGACUUUCAACUUUCGUUGCCUUUAGCGUCUUCCGAAUCCUUUUAUAAGUGCCAAGGAAGCUUAGAGUCGCUUCUAAAACGAGACUCCGAUCUUCUCAGUCCAGUAGCUGACGACUCUCUGAUAAUAAGCCACAGAGACUCGCUCGAGAGUAGUCCCGUCAUUGACGAAAACUCCUCCAUUAAGUCCCCAGAUUCCAUCGAACCCAGCCCCACCAAGGAAUCCCCUCCUCAUGACUCCUUAGAGAGUAGCCCAGUUGACCAGCCCAGCCCUUCAUCAUUUCCAUUCAAGGUAGAUCAUCCGAGUCCAUCGCCAUUCCUUCCAGACUCCUCUAACGAAGCAUCGAACAAAGAUACAUUGCAGGGUAGACAUUUGCGAGACCUUGACGGUAGUGCCGACGAUGACAGUUGCGAGCAGACUUCGCAGAUGACGAGUUCUGGUAAGAGUCCUCUCUCCCCUGAUACCCCUAGCUCUGAUGAGGUAAGUUACGAUUUAAAUCCCAAACAUCAUGACCAUUCAUCCCUGUCUUUCCAAUUCAAACCUACAGUCAUCUAUGAAGAACCAGACGAGGAUGAUGCCUCAGACAGCAUUGAAUCUGAGAAAAGAGUUACAGCUAGAAUGAAAUCAGUUGAUGAAAUGGAAGGGGAUUUAAAUUUCCUAAGCGACACACAAUAUAAAUUUGGGGCGAAAAGACUCCCUGAGCAGAAAGGGUUACCUCUUCCCCCUGACCUCCAUAUUAAAGUUCCCUCUUCUUUUUCAGCAGGUGUGCGUGAUGGGUCCUACGCAAAAGAUGUCAACAGCAAAACAGUUAGUCUCAGCCAAGAGGAAGCUUCCACAGGUCAUUCAAAAGCUAACCUAAGACCGGCAUUGCAACCAUCACAUGGUGUGCCUGGUCAAGAUGGACCUUCUAAAACAGCUAUACCAUCAAACACAGAAAAUAAAACUGAUGAACAAAAGGAGGACAGCUUACGGAAGUCGAGACAAAUUUUGGCAGACUUGGCCACGUCCCGAUUUCCGACCAGUACGCCAGCUAGUAACAUAACAGAUGAAGUCAAAGCAUCUCCAGAUGUUGGCCUUAAUGCAACUAGUCAAACAAAGGAAGCAUUUAAACCUGAGUUCUGUAUCUACGACGAUACAGAAGAGGAUGAGCUUGAACACCCCAGAACCGAGUCCAAAGGUGUCACUGCGAGGGUAGGUGCGGCAUCCCCGUGGUCUGCCAUGCUGGACGACGACGGCGCUUUUGAAGCUCGUCUCCAAGUCGAGGAAGAGAAGAUACUUAAUCUAGUAGUGGACUCUCAGUCUCUGCCAGGGACCCCAGACACCACACCGGGUAAAACGCCAACAGAGGACAGCACACCGACGAGUGAACCUAACCCCUUUCUCUUCCAAGAAGGAAAGCUUUUCGAAAUGACCCGAAGCGGUGCUAUUGACAUGACCAAAAGGAGCUGUGAAGAAGAUGGCGGCGGUGGUGGCUUUGCUUUUUUCCAAAUUGGUGAACAUCUACUGCAGGACCCUGUAUUAGAAAACAACAGACAAGAAUGCAGGGCGUUUGCAACACAACAAGAAGUUGGCCUCAAUCUAAAACUCAAGGUUAAGGAGCAGUCUGAAGAAACGGAAAAUUCACAGCUUCAGGUAGAAACAGAGGCAGAGACGUCCGCCAAAUCAAAAAUACCCAAGAUGGGCCUUUCAGCUUCAGCCAAACCUGCUGCCAAAGAGCAACUGGAUCCAGAAAGCCUAGAAGUUCUAGCAGAUCACAGUAUGAAUAGAGAGUCCUCCAAUAUAGAUUUAAACUCCACAGAUCAAAUGACGAUGCACGUAGAAACGGCUGAAACGACAGUUACUAGAUCUAUAUAUUCUGAGCAGGGAAGAGAGUCAUCUGAUUCAUCUCCAGAUGAAUCAAAGUUCUCAGGAGAGACUCCCACAUCAACAGGAACGCCCGAGCAAAGUAGUGAACUCUCAAAAACUCAAUCCAAGCACCCUCAUCAAGUUAAAAAUAAAACCGCUUCCGUCACUUCAUCGAAAUCGCGAAUUCCCAUCAUAUCAAAGUCCCUCAAAACAGAUUCUGCGCCCAAAUCCGCAGAUGAUAAAAAACCCACAGGGCCUACAAUCAGGGAUGCGCGGAGAAAAUCUGACUUGGACGCAGGCACUUGCGUAGAUAUCCGUGCUAAGAUUUCCAACAAGAGUUUCUCCGACGGAGCCUCGACUAGGUCGAAUUCGAAUAAAAGCGAAUCGAAACCGAAAGCUUUCCAGUCGAGAUUGCCGAUCAAAGGUAAAAGUGGCUCCUCUUCACAACCGUCGACUCCCGGUAAAGAAAGAAGCAAGGCACGCAAGGGCUCCGCGGAAUCUUUCAAAGAGAUCAGCGACGAGGCCGCCAAAGUUGCGGAAAGGCUGGCGGAGGCCAAGAAAGACGAUGGUGGGCAAAAUUCCGACGAUGAGGGCGGUCUCAUUGAUCUGUCGGUAAUCGAAAGAGACGCGUUUGCUCUGCCUUCGGGAGAUGUCGGAUCCAUUAAGCGGACGGGUGCUGACGAGACACAGAUGCGGCAAAUCUCUGCCUCUCACACGGUUCCUUCCGUUUUAGACGCAAAAGGUGGCGCAGGGAGCGAAAAGCAAACGUUGUCGGUGAUAGCGGAACACCUGGGCUUCAGCUGGCAAGAGUUGGCAAGAGAACUGAAAUUCCCUGAGGAGAGGAUCAACUUGAUAAGAACUGAAAACCCUGAUUCCUUGCAAGACCAAAGUUACGCACUUUUGGAUUCAUGGACCAAGGAAGAGGGAGUAGAGGCCAUAGAAACGACGCUCGUCAAGAAACUGACUGAUAUCAACCGCAUGGAUAUUGUUCACCUGAUCAAAACUGAAGCGACCGCCACAAAACAUCAGAACGAGAUGGGCACAAUACAACUUAGGAAAAGCCAGUUUGAGGAGUCUGCACACUUGGAAGGAGCGGGCACUCUGAAACAGAAGACCUCUGGCGAUGCAUCGACAUCGCGUUUUGAAGUGGAGCCCGCCAAGGAUCGAAAAGUCAGCAAGGUCGUCAAGACGACGGUGACGACGAGACGCAGGUCGCAAGACACGAGCAGGGAGCACUUACAGAAGGUUAGCCAAAACGCUUGA